AUGAUCUAUAGAAAACACAAUGGAAGCUCAAAUAUUCUCAAGUUAUGCUUAUACGUAGAUGAUAUCAUCUACAUGGGUAAUUCCAGUGAGAUGCUGAAACAGUUCAAGGAAAACAUGAUGAAAAUGUUUGAAAUGUUUGACUUGGGAUAUCUAAAAUAUUUUCUUGGAUUGGAUAUAGUUCAAGGUGAUGAGUCUAUUUUUUCACAACGAAAGUAUGCCGAAGACUUUCUAAACAAAGCCGGUAUGUUGCACUGCAAUCCGAUCUUUACUCCACUAAAAUUAAAUGAAAAAUUACAUCUUCAGGACAGCUCUGGGAAGACAGAUCCAAAUAAAUACAGAAUGCUAGUGGGAAGUUUGUUAUAUGUAACUCAGACCUGGCCGGAUAUAACACACGUUGUUGGAGUAGUUGCAAAAUACAUGCAAGCACCGUCUAUGCAUCACUAUAGGGCAGUGAAGAGGAUCCUGCGCUAUGUGAAAGGAAUGAUGGAAUUUGGUUCUGAUGCAGUAGCUUGGUGUUCUAAGAAGAAGCAAAUAACCACACUGUUAAGCACUAAAGCAAAGUACAUGUCGGUCACUUCGGCAGCAUGUGAGGCUGUUUGGCUGCGAUGA